ACCCUUUGAGUGAUUCACUGGCCUCUUGUGUCAAUGUCUUGUUAUGAAUAUGAACUAGAUUGACUUUAAGGUUUUACAUGCUAAUAAGGUGAGUGACUCCAAAAGAGGGUGUAGACUUAUGAGUGAUGAGGAGGGAAGGACGGUGGAAGCGGAUGUGUUGUGGAAGGAGAAUUUUGGUGUGUGUGCAGUCGUUCAGGAAGAAUGAGAAAAGGUUGUCGCAGUGAGUGAAGCGGACUUACCAUGAGGACGCUGCUGCCUGUUUUGUGCCUCCUUCUUACGUCCACUUCUUCACUUUAUGGGUCCAACGUGUGCACGUCACGAGGAGUCACGACAUGUCAGCAGUGUUUGACAGUUGACCCCAGCUGCGCAUGGUGCUCGCAAGAGAGCUUUGGGAUGGGAGGGUCUGGCGUUUUCCGCUGCGACCUGAAGCAGAACCUGCUGGACGGCGGCUGCUCCGAGGCGUCUCUGGAGUCGCCUACCAGCACCUCGACGGUACUCGAGAAUAAGGCACUAAGCGACAAAGCCUCAGGCGCGGCGGAAACCGUAACCCAGAUCCAGCCUCAGAAAAUCCACAUGGUGCUCAGGCCAGGUGAUUCCAAGAAGUUCACUGUCAGCGUGAAGCAAGUGGAGGACUACCCGGUAGACCUCUACUACCUGAUGGAUCUGUCUUUCUCAAUGAAGGACGAUUUGGCUCGCCUGCGUACUCUUGGUAACGAGCUGGCCCAGACUAUGGGGAAGACCACCAGUAACCUGCGCAUGGGAUUCGGAGCCUUUGUGGAUAAAACCGUGUCGCCCUACAUGUACCUGGCUCCUCCCGAGGCUAUCGAGAAUCCUUGUCUUGGGAUUAACACGGAGUGUCAGGCGCAGUUUGGCUUCAAGCACGUGCUGUCCCUCACGGAAAAGGUGGCUCGUUUCACAGAAGAAGUGGUGAAGCAGCAGGUGUCACGAAACAUAGACGCCCCAGAGGGCGGAUUUGAUGCCAUUAUGCAGGCGGUAGUGUGUAAGGAAAAAAUCGGUUGGCGUCCAGAUGCCUCCCACCUUCUGGUUUUCACCACGGAUGCUAAAACCCAUAUCGCCUUGGACGGACGUAUGGCCGGCAUCGUGCAGCCCAACGACGGAAAGUGUCAUCUAGAUAGUGACAAUGUCUACAACAAAUCCACCAUAUUGGACUAUCCAUCCUUGGCGCUUCUGACCGAGAAAAUGUCAGAAAACAACAUCAACUUGAUUUUCGCCGUGACAAACUAUGUGGUGCCGCUCUACAAGGAAUACAGUCAGCUAAUUCCAGGCACCACCGUGGGAAAGUUGUCCGGUGACUCUGGGAAUGUUAUUGAGCUCAUUGAGGCGGCGUACGCGAAAAUUCGCUCAAAAGUGGAGCUGGAGAUUCUGGGCGUUCCCGAAGAGUUGAAUCUGUCUUUCAAUGCCACUUGCCUCAACGGUGAAGUCAUCCUCGGUCUCAAGUCUUGCUCUGGUCUGAAGAUCGGCGACACGGUGUCUUUCAGCGUGGAGGCUCAACUGCGAAGCUGCCCGAAGGAGAAGACCCAGACGUUCACCAUCAAACCUUUAGGAUUUAAAGACUCUCUACAGGUCACAGUGGAUUUCGCCUGCACGUGCGACUGCGAGGCCGACGCCGAAGUCGACAGCCCGAUUUGCAGCAACGGCAACGGCACUUACGAGUGCGCCGUGUGCCAGUGCCACACCGGGCGGCUGGGUCCUCACUGCGAGUGCUCGCUGGAGGACUACAGCCCCUCCGAUGACGCCAAGUGCAUCCCCAAACCCGACACCCCCGCCUGCAACAGGCGCGGAGACUGCCUGUGCGGACAGUGCUCGUGUCACGAGAGCGAAUUCGGCCAAGUGUGGGGCAAACACUGCGAGUGCGAUGACUUCAACUGCCUGCGCUACAAGGGGGCGCUAUGCUCGGGCCACGGCAAGUGUAGCUGCGGCUUUUGCCAGUGCGACGCCGGCUGGGUUGGCGACAACUGCAACUGCACCACGCGCAUCGACACGUGCAUGUCCAGUAUCGGCCUUCUGUGCAGCGGCCGCGGAAGCUGCCAGUGUGGCGUGUGCCAGUGCACGCAGCCGGGGGCCUACGGCGCCACUUGCGAGAAGUGCCCUACCUGUCCUGACUCGUGCACCAUCAAAAAGGAGUGUGUGGAAUGUCAGCAUUUUAAGAGAGGCCAAUACACUGACGACAACAGCUGCAGUCUCAUCUGCAGAGACGAAAUUAGAGUUGUAACCCAACUCGGUGAGCAUGCCGCCAUCUUGACUUUUUUUUUUUUUAACGAAGGCCUCUCUGACAAGGUCAACCUCAACCCUUUUUGUCAUGCAGAGUUCCUCUCAAAGAAUGCCGUGAACUGCUCGUACAAGGACGAGAAUGACUGCGUGGAACACUUCCAGUAUUAUGAAGACGAUAGUGGCAAAUCCAUCUUAUUUGUAAUAAAAGAGCCAGAAUGUCCUCAGGGUGCCGACAUCCUGGUGGUACUGUCGGCCGUGGCAGGGGCCAUCCUUCUCCUGGGCCUGGUCGCCCUGCUCAUCUGGAAGCUACUGGUCACCAUCCACGACCGGAGGGAGUACGACAGAUUCGAGAAGGAGCGAGCCAAAGCCAGGUGGAACACGGCCAACAAUCCACUGUACAAAGGAGCCACGUCCACCUUCACCAAUGUGGCGUACAGAGGCGCCUCCUCCAGUUGAUUGCAGCUCAGGGUUCAACCACACACGCCAAAUGCUUGCACUCAAGAGAACUAGUCAUGACACGCAGCCAGUCACUGCAGCCCAGCCAUAUUUAUUGUGGUCGACAAGGACUUGUAACUUGUACAGUUGAGAAAAAUACUCACUUUUUUUGCUAAAUGCACAUAAAAUCUUGUCACGUCUGCUGUAUGCAUAUAAAGUUUGCACUUUUUCUUUUUUAGUGUUUUUUUAUACGUGGUCACAUUUUCAUUACUGCUGCAUCUGCUCUGUUUGUUUAUUAAAGUCCUCCGAAAACUGGUAAAUGAUUUUAAUAAAUAGAUUUACUGUAAGUUAUUUGAAAAUAACAACUGCAGUCACUAAUGCUCAAGGGUUUUUGCUUGCUGUAAAUGCAGUAUUAUUUGAUGGUUUCAAGAAAUGCGGGUGAAAAUACCAAUAAGUGAUCGAUGUAUUAUGCAAGUGCAAAUAAAUGCCUUUUAACGUGACAUUUUGACACACCACAAAAAA